AUUAAAAAGGCUUAGAUCAAUUGUUUUUUGUUAACAUUGAUGGGACAACAUAAACAAGACAAUGGAUAUCAGUAUUUUUGUUGUACAUACAGCUUGUUUAUGGAUUUUUGUUUUCAAAUCAUCGGCACAAGAGGUUGAUGAACGAUGUAAAGUGGAUUGUGCAUGCUGUAAGAAAGGAAAAUGUGGAUUAGGGACAUAUUUUUCGGAGGAAUGUACUCUAGGCUGUAUAGAUGGCUAUAGAGGUGCUCGAUGCUGGAUUAAAUGUAAAUUCAACUGUCCAAAGUGUGCCGUUGAUUAUUCGUUAUGUACGGCAUGCUAUGAUGGAUAUUAUCUAGGCCCUGAUAGUGACUGUACAUCAAAAUGCUUACCCGGAUGUAAAACAUGCACGACAGGAACCACGUGUACAUCAUGUAAGGAGGGAUAUGAAAAUAACAACAAUACAUGUAAUAGUCUCUGUCCAAGUACCUGUAGCACGUGUUUGUCGAAAACAAGCUGUGGGUCGUGCAAGGAUGGUUAUUAUAUCGGUUACCAGAACGACAACAUUGACCUCCCUAAAUUGAACAACUGUACGUACAAAUGUCGAGAUAAUUGUGUACGAUGCACUUCUUAUGACAAUUGCUCUGUUUGUAAAACUGGUCUAUAUGGAACAAACUGUGCGAAAAAUUGUUCAGUUGGUUGUAGCGCAAACACUUGCGAUAUACAAACUGGAAACUGUGAAUGCGACCCUAAUUAUGCUGGGGAAAGAUGUGAUAAAUGUAAAACCGGGAAAUACGGAAAAAAUUGCGGUCAACAAUGUCCCACGGGAUGUAAAAAUAACGUGUGUGAAAAAGAUUCCGGAGAGUGUACAGACGGUUGCACUUCAGACACAAUCAUUGGUAAUAAAUGUGAUAUUUGUUUAGCUGGUUGGUAUGGGAAAUACUGUAACAUGUCUUGUUCUGUCGGCUGUAAAAAUCAGCGAUGCAACGAAAGUGAUGGGAAAUGCUUAAAUGGAUGUCUUGAUAACUUUGUAGGAGGUAAAUGCAAUCAGUGUCUAGCUGGUAAAUUUGGAGAAAUGUGCAACAGUGACUGUCCACAUAAUUGUGAUUAUAAAGGCUGCUUGAAAGACUCCGGCAAUUGUAUUGAAUGCAGUCAGAAUUUCGGUGGUGUGAAAUGUGAAAAAUGUGCUGUUGGAUUUUUUAGUUCACUUUGCUCUGAAAUAUGCCCGGUUAAUUGUUUAGACAGUGUAUGUGAUAGAGAAUCAGGCACGUGUUCUGAUGGCUGUAAAAACAAUUAUUCUGGUGACAUAUGUUGUACUAAUAAUAAUAACUGUAUUACAUGUUUGUCGGAGACUAGGUGCAAACAAUGCACGUCUGGAUAUUUUAAUGACAAAUGUGACAAACAAUGCCCAGAGAAUUGUCUUGGUUCUUGUAAUAUUGAAUCAGGGAAUUGUAGCAGCUGCAAAGAUAACUAUUAUGGUGAAAGCUGCAACUUUUCUUGUUCACCUACGUGCAAAAUACGAACAACGGCAAGUGGAAGUGUAUGUCAGCAGACAAAUGGGAAGUGUCUAUAUGGAUGUGUUGAUGGUUUCUAUGGUUUACAGUGUUCCGAGAAAUGCUCUGUUUAUUGUAACGAUACACUCUGUGACCGAGAGGACGGCCAAUGUACAAAGGGUUGCCAAGUUAAAGUAAUAAAUGAUCCCGUUUGUCCUUUGAUCUCAGAUCAACCGGUGAAUACGGCUGCUGUAGUAUUUGGAACUCUUUUUGCUGUGUCAGUAGUGGGUAACAUCAUUACAGUGUCUGUGCUGUUACUCUUGAAGUGUCGGCAAAGAAACAAUGUCAAAAACAAGGCAAGAGGACCAUCUUAUGAAAAUUCUGAAAUAGUACUAGAAUGUGGAAAUUUUGCAAGUAUUGAGAACAAUAGAAGUACACAAGCAUCAAACAGUGGCACUUCAAUGACGUCAGAUAACUAUGAGAAUCUUGAAAGCUUGCAAGAAUCUGAGCAUGAAUAUGGACGAAUACAACCGGGCACUGGACUUAACUGAUUAACUAGACUCACGGGUUUACAUUCAUUGUGAUUCAUUACCACACUUUCUUAAAUGUGACGCAGUGCUUCACUUCAUUUCUUGUUCAUAAUUUGUUUAACACUCUUGUAAAUAUUGAUGUUAAAAUCAAAAGGAAAGUUAAUUGUCAAUUAUAUAUAUAUAUUGUUUAUACAUCAGCAUGUAAAACGUUGCACUAUUUAGUAUUUGGACGACACUUCACUCAAUAUUGUGUCAUAUCCCGUACUUAAAAAACAAGUGUAGUGUUUGUGUGGCACGUCUUGACAAUGUAUUUUUGUAUACUAGUCUCAAUAUUGCAUCAAUAUCUACAUGCACAAUGAAGUUGAUUUCACCUUUAAGUUAUUAUUUUUAUCUAUAUUGUUCUAGAUCUUUUAAAACAAUAUAAAAUAAUAGAAAAAUAGAAAAAAAGUUAUAAUUUUGGGAUAGGAAUUUCAUAGAAUAUUCACGAGAGAUUUUAAUGUGUGUAAAACUUUAAACAUAAAACAUUUACUUAUUCAAUUAACGUAAAGUCAUAUUACGUUUCAGUUAUAUUCAACAAAUGACAGUUGCGCUAUUGGCAGUUGAAUGAAUUGUUUCAAUUUUUUUUCAAUGGUGUUUUUGAAUUAGUUCAUACAAAUUGAGUAACAGUUUAGGGUGUAUUAGACUUAUGUUACCAUAACGAUAAUUGUACAUAUGUUUUGAUUAAAUUGUAUAGUUAUUCAUCUAUUUUGUUAACAAAAAACAAUGUGUAUACCACGCUGUAAUUUUUAAGAAUUAUGUUGUUUAUAAUAAGUAGAUCAUCACAAGACAGUUUUUUCAUCUGCAAGUAAUUAAUUGUCCUCGUGUUAGUGAGUGAAUCUUUUGUUAGUGAGCUAUACAAUUUAGUGGUACCCGAUAAACACCCUGUUACACUUGACUGCGCGUCAACUGUGUUUACACGGCGUUGUUAAAUUUAACAAAGCACCGCGAGACCGCAAUAAAAUAAUGAGGUAUUUUUGAUGACAUGGAAACUUCACACACCGUCUUCACGCCGUCCUCAAGGCGAUCAUGGCGAUGCUGCGGAGCUUUCACGGCGUUUUAAAUUUUGAUUUCUGCGUUCGGACUUCGAUUCUACUGAGUUCUUUGCGCUUACAAUGCGCUUUUACGGCGCCAACACGGCGCUAUCGCGGCGCUCACACUGUGCUGAAAUUGUAAAGCUCCGUAAAGACGCCGUGCACACAAAGUAUAAACACGUUAGAGACGUCGCACAAUUUCUGAAAAAGCUCCGCGGAUAACCACUGCGUUCAUUCGGCGUUCGUUUUGCGCUUUCACGGCACUCCUGUUGCGUUGUAGAAGAUGCUACUGAGUUGCUACGGCGUCCUUACUGUGACCCAAGUGCGCUCUAUUCAGAACACCAAGUGACGGCGUUUGUUUUGAGCAUGCUCAAAAUGUGCGCCGUCGGUUGGCGUUCAAUGCGAUGCCACUACGAUGUUGUGGCGAUGCUACAGCGAUAUUUGCGAUCUAACUGCGCUCACCACGGUGUUCUGAAUUUUCUUUGGACGCCCUAUUUGGACGAUGAGAACGCCGCCCUAGUGUGACAGGGUUUCAACAGACUGAUACAACGAUGAGCUGGUCACCAAGUCCUCUGAAACCGAGAAGAUUAUUACCUUUCUAAGAAAGGAAUGAGACUGGUAUAAAAAAAUAAUUGGAACAGUUUAAGGGCAUUAUUAUGAUGGCUGGAUAUUAAAGGACAUUUUUGGGGAAUGUUAAGGGGCUGUAUCGGUUAUGGCACUUGUCAUUAUUCUUGUUCCGGCAUCUUUUAUCAUAGCUCAAUUUUCAAGACGUUGUAUUAUAGACUGUUUGUGUAUAUGUGAUGCUAAAACGUGAGUGGAAAACGACUAAGCAUCUUAACCCCUAGUUUUCUAGGGGUAAUUAGUAGCAAGAGAAAAUAAUAAAAUCUUAAUUUAGCCUUUAAAACGCGGCGCUAAAAUUCUAAUAUAAGUUUUUGCGAUUGUUUCGACUGAAAACGCUAGCACUCAGAGUCUUUAAAGGCUCGCCGAUGUAUUUAAAGUCUGUCAAAACCAUACUUUCUAUAACCGUCCAUUUUAAAAAUUACAUUUUCAUACGUGUGUUUUGGCAAAUUGAUAUCACGUUUAAGCUUAAUUCUUAAGUUGUUGCUGAACGCAAGGCAUUAUUUUCAUACGUUCAUCCACACGACUUUUUCUGCAGGAGGUUCGGCUCUUAUUCGAAUGAGAUGCAUCUUGCUUUUAUCGAGAUAUCCGAGUGGUCCGAACGAUUCAAUCUUUAAUUUUGUACUGAUAUAAUAAAACCGCCAUUAUUUCUAUGCAUUGUUUCGUAUUGUGACUUUUAAGGGUUGACUUUCGUUGUUGACCCCCCCCCCCCCCCCAAUCAAUCUCCAUCCUAAACCCACUUGGGGAUAGCGCGGUAUCAGUGCAACUCAAACUUAUACUGGUAACAUACAAAAUAAGUGAACUAUUUGCCAAUUUUAAAACAAAACUAUAUAGUAUCUAUAGUAUUAUAACUUAAAUAAUUAUAAUCAAUGUGUAGAUGAUAACAUUAGCUUCAGUCACCCAACAUGGGAAAUUCCCUGACAAGAGAAAGUAGUCCGUUUAAAAAAAAACUACAAAAAAAGAGACAAAUAACAAAUAGAGUUACACACUAUCGCUGUUGUCAAUCCCGUUAAGCAAACAACAAGUCACGUGACCUUACAAAGUAUUUUUCAUUGAUGUUCAUAUGCUUGUUUUAAUGGCUUGAGCUUAAUAAAUUUUAUGUCGUUGUUGUUGUUGUAAUGAGUUUUGCGAUAUGAAUUAGUUUAAGCACAAAAAUUAACAAUGGAAAUGAUUCGCUUAUCAAGUUUCAUCUUUGUAACGAAAACGUUUUCUACAUAUUUUACCGUUAAUUUCGCAUGAAUCGAUAUUUUUGCAGGUACAUGAUAACGAUGUAUUAUGAGAACUUUUUGCUUUACUUCCGUUUUUAAUAUUUAUGACCAUACUUUUUUAAAAUAUUAAGAUCUUAAAUAUUGCCAUUUUUAUGAUGAAUGGAAAAGUUGAAACGAAACAAUGUGGAUGUUCAAUUUGGUAUGUAAAAUAUACUAUAAUGGAUUUAAUUUCAUUUAAUAAUAAUCACACGAACUUAAAUCUAACAUAAGUAACUAGGACUAUUCGGGCAAGGAAACAAAUUAAAGGCGGAUGUAAAAAUCGUUUCGUUAGAAUAUAUUUUAUAACAAAAAAGAACAAAAAAGAGAAGAUAUAUAUUUAUUUAUUUUUGAUUUUACCUUACAUGACAUAUAGUGGGAUUGUUUGCGUGACUAUUCAAGUAUAUUUUUAUUUGCAUAUACUCUGGAUGUCUUUUGAUCUCUGUCAUCAUUUUGAUGCAAUUAACAUUUGUACAAUGUUUAAUACAAAUGAAAUCUAUUGUCAUUGUUAUAGUCGCUUAGUUUUUUUUAGAACAUUAAUUAUAAUAUAUAAAUAUAUUUCCCUGGUGUUUGUGAGCGUGCCUUGGUUUUCGCGAAGUUAUAUAUCAACCCAUGUCUAAUAUCAAAAUGUAUGCACAUUAUGUCAAAAUAAAUCUUUAUUCUGAUCUUACUAGUAUCCUAAAAGUUGCUGAACAAUAUUUUAAAUUGGAUUUGAUCUUCUUUGCAGAAAUCAAACGCAUCAAUGUCAAUUAUCAUAGUUAAAAAUAAAUUUUAAAGAUCACCGAUCGAACCGGUCUACUUACAUUUAUUUUACCUGUGUCUUGAAAUGAUAUCUAAACUAUUUUUUAUAUUAAUGUUUGUUAAAGAAAUAAUAUCGUUCUGUGCGGUGUUUAUCGGCUAUGUUUCAGCCGUAUGGAUUUUUGAUGGGAAUGAAUUGACCUCGAAGGCCGUAGGCUAACCGGUGUUAAAAUUCGAUAAACACCGCUAAGACUAAUAUUAUUUCAAUUCUUACUGAUUUGCAUAAACUAUGUGGCGUUAGUGUAUAUAAGAUAUGUUUAAGUAUCGUAUGAAACUAAAGCGUAAUAAGGACGGAAAUAUCAAUAAAAACAUAAGUGUUGCCUUAAAAGGCCUUGUUUCUUGACCUUAUCCGAGAGAGAACAUGCAUGAAAUUGAACAACUGCAUAUACAUGUAGUCUCUUACUAGUGUUUAUUGCCAGUUAAACACCUCUUUUUCUUCUUCUUUGUGAAGUGUAAAGUGACAAAAAGAGGCAUGUCAAAAUAAAGGACAAACACGAAUCGUAUUUAUUACUGAGCUUGUGUGCACAAUAUCAUAUGAUUUAUUUUCAUAUGAUACUUAAACAAUAUCUUAUAUACACUAACGCCACAUAUUUGGUGACUUUAUUUAGAUAUUGUGGACAGAAGCUCAGUAAUAAUAUGAUUACAGAUUUAUAGACACUCUCAUAAGAUAUUUUUGAAAUCGUUUAACGUGAUACAUCAGUUUUUAUAUAUGCGUCUUUUUCCCGCGCUUCAAAAUUGUUAUUUUUUACUUAUUCGCCAUUAAAACGAAUUAUUUUUCUUCUUUUUUUCCUGGUGUAUGCUGUAU